GCUUCACUUCGCUUGUUUUGAACCAAACUUUCAGGAACCGGAGGAAAAAAUCGCCUUCUCCCCCACCCUUCCCCUUUAACCCCACCCACAUUCCGGAGCUCACAUGAUGCCUGUUUGCUCCUGAUUGCAGACAGCGAGGAAGGGGAGUCACUCCGGAGUAUAUUAAGAGGUGGGCGCGGGCGUGUCUCUUACAGUUGCUGGAGCUGAAACUCCGCCGGACCCGUCAGGUGAGCUAAAAGACUUUGUAGUUUCUUUCUUUCUUUCCCAAUUCGGGUCAGAUACUUCGAAAGCAAUGGUUUCACUAUCCAUCUCUUCUUUUAAUACUAUUUCUGAGUCAGUAUUUAUAGGGCUGUAGCUGGAUUUGAAAUAUUUAGCUGCUUACCGCAAGUUUUGGGGUGAUGGCCAGCUUUUUAAUUAUUAUCUCAAAGUCUAGGGAUGUAACAGCUUGCUUAGUCGAGGUGUGCUUAAAUCGCAUUUCCCUGCCUCCACGAAAUGCUGGGAACUGUAGCUCAUAGGGAGCUACAAUUAACAGCAUGCUUUGCAAACUAAAGUUCCCCGGAUUUUGGGGGUUGGGGUUAAAUGUGCUUUCAGUGUGGGGGAACGAAUGAGUAGGGCUUAAAGAGUAAAGUAGAGGCAAAAAAGCACCCUCUUUUCACGUAUAGUAUUUUAGAGUUGGAAGAGACCCCCAACGGUCAUCUAGUCCAACCCCCUGGAAUGCAGGAAUCUCAACUGAAGCCCAUCAAUUGAAUUUUAUUACAGUGGUACCUCGGGUUAAGUACUUAAUUCGGUCCGGAGGUCCGUACUUAACCUGAAACUGUUCUUAACCUGAAGCACCACUUUAGCUAAUGGGGUCUCCUGCUGCCGCUGCGCCGCCGGAACACAAUUCCUGUUCUCAUCCUGAAGCAAAGUUCUUAACCUGAAGCACUAUGUCUGGGUUAGCAGAGUCUGUAACCUGAAGCGUAUGUAACCCGAGGUACCACUGUAUUUCGGUCACAGACCAGUUCCAGCCCACAUACAAUAUCAAGGAAGUCAUGGAACACGAUAGGGAUACAUUUGAGUUUGCAGUUAGGUAUAACAGGGACAAUAGAUAUAGCAACAGUUAAAAAAAUAUAUAAAUUAAAACUUAGUCACUAACAUAUAACCUAAAAUGAUCAUUUAAGGCCUUAAUCAUUAUGAUAGCACAGCAUGUUCCCUAAGUUUUAUGGCAAUCGCACAGAAUUUGGCUACCCUUAACGUGAUCUCAGGAUCCUUGUCCUCUACCAGGGAUUUUAGACAUUGAAGUUCAGAUUCAUUUGGAGAUUUUUGCAUAGCAGGGGUAAUAAAUAGAGCGUAUAACCCCGUAGAAACGGCAGCGUAACAAGGCAUGAAACAGUUUCUACCUCCAUCAAACCGCAGGGAGAGCGCUCUCAAGUGACCUGGAAUGAGACCUUGGGCUGUUACGAUUAGUAAUUAGGUUAAGGUAAAGGGACCCCUGACCAUUAGGUCCAGUCGCAGCUGACUCUGGGGUUGCGGCGCUCAUCUCGCUUUACUGGCCAAGGGAACCGGCGUACAGCUGGUCAUGUGGCCAGCAGGACUGAGCCGCUUCUGGCGAACCAGAGCAGCGCACGGAAAUGCCGUUUACCUUCCCGCCGGAGCGGUACCUAUUUAUCUACUUGCGCUUUGACGUGCUUUUGAACUGCUAGGUUGGCAGGAGCAGGGACCGAGCAACGGGAGCUCACCCCGUUGCAGGGAUUCGACCUGCUGACCUUCUGAUUGGCAAGUCCUAGGCUCUGUGGUUUAACCCACAGCGCCACCCGCGCCCCAUAUGAUUAGUAAUUACUCACUGACAAAUGUUAACACCAGCUCAAAACAGCUUGCCAUCUCAGAAAUAAGGCAUAAGGAUCCCGAAUGCCUUGGUACUCAGACGUUUUGGCUCCUGAACCCUGAUAUUAAAAACACAAUCAAACAUCAGACGUUAAAAACCUCCCUAAACAGGGCUGCCUUCAGAUGUCUUCUAAAAGUCAGAUACAGUGGUACCUCGGUUUACGAACUUAAUCCGUUCCGGAAGUACGUUCUUAAACCGAAGCCAUUCUUUCCCUAAUGAGGCCUCCCACCGCCGGUGCCCUUCCACCUUUCGGAUUCUGUUCUUGGACCGAGGUAAACUUCGCAAACCGGGACACUACUUCCGGUUUUGCGGAGUUCGUAAACCGAAUCGUUCGUCAACAGGACUGUUCUUAAACCGAGGUGCCACUGUAGUUGUUUAUUCCCUUGACAUGUUCCACAGGGCGGGCGCCACCACCGAGAAGGCCCUCUGCCUGGUUCCCUGCAACCUCGCUUCUCGCAGGGAGGGAACCGCCAGAAGACCCUCGGAGCUGGACCUCAGUUGUCCGGGCUGGACAAUGGGGGUGGCUGCAAUUGCUUUGUUAAACGUUGGCUAUCCGGUUCAUCUGUGAUGGGUUUUGUCUCUCCAAAGAGAAGUGUGUGAUGUCGAAACAGCUCUGCUUGAGUAAAUGGUGGGGAGUCUUGCAAAAUUUAUCUUUUUUGGGUGAAGGUUGCAGUCCUUCACAUCCCAGAAAAUGUGGCAAGGGUAGUCGUCUAGGCGUACGGCUUUGUCUUGCCAAACAAAGAACCUCUGAGUUGGAGGUUGUUUGGCAAGCCAGCCCACCUCCCAAAAGCAAAGGAUUCUUGACAGCCUUUAUACAGAGUCAGGCCAUUGGGUCUUACAACACCCAAUGGCAUCAACUCUCCAGGGUUCGAGGCCGCAACUGGGGAUGUCUGGAUUCGAACUCGUGACCUUCGGCGUCCAAAGCCAAUUCUGCUCCGCUGAGCUUACAGCACUUCUACAGGACUCCUGAGUGGCUCGCAACUGAUUCAUCGCCAUUCGGAGUCUGUUAGGUUCAGUACUCAAAUCAAAUCAUAUAGAGCCAGGCUGGAAAACAGAGUUGGCGUUUUGCAAAAAAUAAAAUAAAUAAAAUAAAAUAAAAUCCCAGUGCCAGAUUGAAGACCUCUGCUCCGAACAGGGUGGAUUUGAUUUAAAUCAAAUCGAUUUAAACCACAAUUUAAAUCACUAGUCUGUAAAACUUGAUUUGGAUCCUUAAUUUUUUUACAGAAAGACUCCUCCUUGCUGGUACAACCUGGAAUAUUUCCAACCAGAUGAAGGUUUCGUUUUUGGAACAAUAACUUUUCAGAGUGGUUUUUACAGUUAUAUCAAAAAUUACUGAUUUGGUUAUACUAUUAGAAAUACAUAGAUGACGAAAUUAUUGCGAGGUUUAAUAAGUUGACUGUUUAUACUUGGGCAACUUUUCUGCUGUACUUUUUUGGAAGGAGAAAAGCAAUCAUUCCUUUCAUAGCAAUUUAAACAAUUUAUUUAACUAAAACAGUAACAUUAUAGCAAAGGUAUCCAUGUUUGUUAACAUGUUUUUUUUAAAAAAAAACGUAGACUGAGUUUUAGCACACGUGAAAAAACUUAAGACAAAUCCUUAUUUCCUGAUGAAUAGCCUUUGGACUAUAAUGUAACUUAAAGAGAAAAUCUUUUUGCUCCAAAAGCAUUUUAUUUUAAAAAUCCAGUUUUUUAAAAGACAGAUUUAAUUUUUUUUUAAAAAAUCCGAUUUUAAAAAAUUAUUUAUUGAUUUUUAUCUACCCUGACUCCAAAGCACAUCUUUCCCCAUGUGGUGCACAGAUUUGCAACUCAGAAACCUUGAGCCGAGUCCAGCCGCAAGGCCUUGUUCGCUGUCAAGGAAAAGAGGGGGGGUGUCUUUAUUUUCUUUUUGCAAAGAGACUUGUAAGCAGCCCGUGACAAAGGCAGACGUGAUUCUUCCCCCAUCCCGAAUCGACCUUCUGGACCUUCUGAGCUGCUAAUCGCACGUGGCUGCCUUAUCUCCCAGCCUCCAACCAGGGAAUGUCUUUGUGGCCCUGGAUUUUACCCCCAAGAUUAUCUCUGUAUAUGUGACUCAAGAGAGUUUCUUAUUCCUUCUUAGCUGCAAGAAUGUCGUCCUCAGAAGGUGAUGCUGCUGCCUCUACAGUAACCGAAGAACAAGACCCGAAAGUAAGUGGCUGGUUUUGUUUUUCCCAACUAUUUGUCUCUCCAGUAUACCUGAAGGAGCGUCUCCACCCCCAUCGUUCUGCCCGGACACUGAGGUCCAGCUCCGAGGGCCUUCUGGCGGUUCCCUCACUGCGAGAGGCCAAGUUACAGGGAACCAGGCAGAGGGCCUUCUCGGUGGUGGCACCUGCCCUGUGGAACGCCCUCCCAUCAGAUGUCAAAGCAAUAAACAACUACCUGACAUUCAGAAGACAUCUGAAGGCAGCCCUGUUCAGGGAAGUUUUUAAUAUGUGACAUUUUAGUGUAUUUUUCAUCUUUGUUGGAAGCCGCUCAGAGUGGCUGGGGAAACCCAGCCAGAUGGGUAGGGUACAAAUAAUAAAUUAUUAUUAUUAUUAUUAUUAUUUUGUAUAGUUCAACUUUCUUAUAAUUUCUGUUUGGUAUGUUGUUAUAAACAAAAUCUGCCCUUCUUCCCUUAUGGGGUAUCCAAGAGCCUAUAUAGAGUCCUUAAAUGGGUUCCCUAUCGGUAGGAGAAAAUAACAGAGGCCAACCAGAGAAUAAUGACAAACAAAGCAGCUAGUAGGCCUGAUCUUUAUUGAUCUGUUGCAACAGGGUGCUCCCCUCACACGCAGGAAAGGAGGAGGAACCCAGAAAAAUAAUGUGCAAGGCCUUAUAAAGACUUUUGAAAUUGCCACCCUGUAGAUCAAGACCACCCCCAGAAACAUCAUACCUGCAUCACAGAAAAGGUGAUCUACAACAGAAAUCUGAGUGCGUUGUUUAUCUCCUAUCUGGCAGGUUACCUGUUAAUGGUCACUUGAUUGGAUUGCCUGGGGAGCUUGGCCAGUCUUUUGUAAUGAUAAAUACUUAGUUCCUGAGCCAGGUCACAGGCUCACCCUAUUCAUACACAGACAUACCCUUAAAACAGGAUUUGUGAACGAAAAGACAAUGGGGAGGCUUUUCCAUGUUGUAGCUUUUCCUGUCUGCCGGGUUAUCUGAUAAUGCCUUAUCUCAGGGGUCAGCAAACUUUUUCAGCAGGGGGCCAGUCCACUGUCCCUCAGACCUUGUGGGGGGCCGGACUAUAUUUUGAACAAAAAAAAAAUCAAUGAAUUCCUGUGCCCCACAAAUAACCCAGAGAUGCAUUUUAAAUAAAAGGACACAUUCUGCUCAUGUAAAAACACGCUGAUUCCCGGACCAUCCGUGGGCCGGAUUUAGAAGGCGAUUGGGCCAGAUCCGGCCCCCGGGCCUUAGUUUGCCUAUCCAUGUCUUAUCUGAUUGCCUUUCCUGGUAGUCUGGCCAUUCCUUUGAGAUGGUGAUUACCCAAUUCCUGAGACAAGGGGAAGGUUCCCUCACCCCCUCCCUCCUUGCAGAGAAAACAUUUGGUCAGUUUGAGAGUCAAAAUGGUUUCAGGACGGUCUUCCUGUGCUGAUCUGUGUACGUGUUUGGUUGGUACAUUUAUGAACAUUUAUUAUAUAUACAGUGGUACCUCGUGUUAAGUACUUAAUUCGUUCCGGAGGUCCGUUCUUAACCUGAAACUGUUCUUAACCUGAAGCACCACUUUAGCUAAUGGGGCCUCCCACUUCUGCUGUGCCGCCGCCGCCGCGCGAUUUCUGUUCUCAUCCUGAAGCAAAGUUCUUAACCUGAGAUAAUAUUUCUGGGUUAGCGGAGUCUGUAACCUGAAGCGUAUGUAACCUGAAGCAUAUGUAACCCGAGGUACCACUGUAUAAGACCUUGUCUAGACAUAUUACAAUGUCUAGUUCUCUAUUUCCUCCAAAAAGCUCAAGGCAGCGACUCUCCCUCUCCCUCCCCUCUGUUUAUCCUUCCCGAAAACCUUCUGAGGAUGAUUUUGGCUGAGGGACAGUCCCUGGCCCCAAAGACCCCCACUGAGUUUCCUGGCUUGAGUGCGAGAGUUGAACCCGGGUCCCCUAGUCGGGCACUCUGACCGCUGUACCACACUGCCCUCCCAUCAAAUGCCAGUGAGGGGUUACUUGGCAGAUCCUUGCAAAAAUUGCCCACGGCCCAGAACAGGUUUGGCGGCAAGGUCUAAGAGGGUCAGAGUUCGAAACGCGUGCGGGAGAUGGCAUUCGGAUAUUCCCCAGAAACAAUGGGGGCUACUCUAAAGAGCAGAAAGCUUUAAUAAUAAUAAUAAUUUAUUAUUUUUACCCCGCCCAUCUGGCUGGGUUUCCCCAGCCACUCUGGGCGGCUUCCACAAAGACCAAAAAUACACUAAUAUGUCAAACAUUAAAAACUUCACUGAACAGGGCUGCCUUGAUGUCUUCUGAAUGUCAGGUAGUUGUUUAUCUCUUUGACAUCUGGUGGGAGGGUGUUCCACAGGGCGGGCACCACUACCGAGAAGGCCCUCUGCCUGGUUCCCUGUAGCUUUGCUUCUCUCAGUGAGGGAACCGCCAGAAGGCCCUCGGCGCUGGACCUCAGUGUCUGGGAUGGACGAUGGGGGUGGAGACGCUCCUUCAGGUAUACUGGGCCAAGGCCGUUUAGGGCUUUAAAGGGCAGCACCAACACUUUGAAUUGUGCUCGGAAACAUACUGGGAGCCAAUGUAGGUCUUUCAAGACCGGUGUUAUGUGGUCUCGGCGGCCGCUGCCAGUCCCCAGUCUAGCUGCCGCAUUCUGGAUUAAGCGCUGGAGGUUGGCGUUUCAAAAUCUCUGCUCAAAUGUGAUUGCAGGAAAGUGGCACAAAGGCAGCCCCAUCUCACGGGAGCAAAAGUCAAGUGCUUCGAUUGGCUUGCUUCCAAGGAAUUGCAUUCAAUGGGCUGCAUUCCCAACCCUCCCCAGGCCUGACCGUCUUGCGGAGCGAAGCUGAAAUAACGAAACUGUCUGGUUCUACUUAGUGGCAAAGGUCAGCACCGAAACUUUGAAUUGUACUUGGCAAUGGCAGCCAAGGAGCAGAUUGAUAGGAGCACAUCUGCAAACAUUUAAAGCGCAUUACUGCGGACUGUAAGGGACGCGGGUGGCGCUGUGUGUUAAACCACAGAGCCUAGGACUUGCCGAUCAGAAGGUCGGCGGUUCGAAUCCCCGCGACGGGGUGAGCUCCCAUUGCUCAGUCCCUGCUCCUGCCAACCUAGCAGUUCGAAAGCACAUCAAAGUGCAAGUAGAUAACUAGGUACCGCUCCGGCGGGAAGGUAAACGGCGUUUCUGUGCGCUGCUCUGGUUUGCCAGAAGCGGCUUAGUCCUGCUGGCCACAUGACCCGGAAGCUGUACGCCGGCUCCCUCGGCCAAUAAAGCGAGAUGAGCGCCGCAACCCCAGAGUCGGCCACGACUGGACCUAAUGGUCAGGGGUCCCUUUACCUUUUUACUGCGGACUGUAGUUAACUCUCUCUUCCCAAGAACUGAAAUUCCCAGCUCCUUUAAACUACAGUUCCCAGGAAUCUUUGCCGGCAGGGGGAGACAGAAGUCGUGUGUUUUAAACGCACAUCGGAUGUGCUUAAAUGUAUGUCCUGUUGCGUUGCCAGUUGAGGGACCUCCAAGCGCAGCUGGUGUUUUAAUAUUUUUGUGUGUGAUAAUUUUAUUAUUAGAACCCUGCCCAUCUGACUGGGUUGGCCCAGCCACUCUGGGAGGCUUCCGGCAUAUACAAUAACACAAUAGAACAUGAAACAUUAAAAAAAAAUCUCUAUGCAGGGCUGCCAUGAGGUGUCUUCUAAAGUUCUUCAGAGCUUUGCCAGUUUACAGUGUCAUUAGCCUGACUAGCCAGCAGUGACUUGUAGUUCAUAGACAGCAAAUGAUUCCAUUGUGAGGUCAGCUGGCCCGAGAGAUGACAGUCACUGUCUUCGGCUUGAGUCAGGAUUCGAACUCAGGACGGUCUAAUCACUGUACACGCAUGACAGCACAUUUUUUAUUUUUAUAUUUUUUAUUACCGUAUUUUUCGCUCUAUAAGACGCACCAGACCGCAAGACGCACCUAGUUUUUGGAGGAGGAAAACAAGAAAAAAUAUAUAUUCUGAAUCUCAGAAGCCAGAACAGCAAGAGAGGGAUCACUGUGCCGCGAAAGCAGCAAUCCCUCUUGCUGUUCUGGCUUCUGGGAUAGCUGCGCAGCCUGCAUUCGCUCCAUAAGACGCACACACAUUUCCCCUUACUUUUUAGGAGGGAAAAAGUGAGUCUUAUAGAGCAAAAAAUACGGUAAUUUUUAUUGAAGUUUUUAUCUCUACAAAAUUAACAGAAAGAAAGAAACGUUUCUUUCGCAUGACAGCACACUUGUCUUUCGUCUGCCCAUCGACCUGCGAGCCACACUGCCCCGGGUAACCGCAAUUUCUAGUUUUUCUGCAACUUUUAUCGAGGGGCAGACGCCAUGCCGAAAUUCAGAACGCCAAAUCUUCGGCAGCUGUGGGCUCCUGCGGAGAACUAAACUGCUCUUUUUAAUCCCCCUUUCUGGCUUCUACGUUCAGAGGCUCACAAAUGGACUAGAGGCCAGAGUUCGAAUCACGCUGCGUCAUGAAACUCAUGACUCCCAUGCUAUCUCUCACCCCAACCUACUUUAUGAGGUGAAAUGUCCAGGUUGCACAAUCAGCUUUGAUUUAUUCGUUUGUUUGCAAGGGGACUGAAUUGUGACAACCCAGACUUCUGCUGUGGCAGCGCUGGAGAAACUUCCUUUUGCAGAAUCUCUUGUCUCAGAUAAUAUUAUUAUUAAUAAUAAUAAUAAAUUAAUAAUUUAUUAUUUAUACCCCGCCCAUCUGGCUGAGUUUCCCCAGCCACUCUGGGCGGCUCCCAAUCAAGUGUUAAAAACAAUACAGCGUUAAAUAUUAAACACUUCCCUGAACAGGGCUGCCUUCAGAUGUCUUUUAAAGAUAGGAUAGCUGCUUAUUUCCUUCACAUCUGAAGAGAGGGUUUUCCACAGGGCGGGCGCCACUACCGAGAAGGCCCUCUGUCUGGUUCCCUGUAACCUCACUUCUCGCAAUGAGGGAACCGCCAGAAGCCCCUCAGCGCUGGAUCUCAGUGUCCGGGGUGGACGAUGGGGGUGGAGAUGCUCCUUCAGGGAUACCAGACCGUUUAGGGCUUUUAAGGUCAGCACCAACACUUUGAAUUGUGCUCGGAAAUGUACUGGGAGCCAAUGCAGAUCUCUCAGAACCGGUGUUAUGUGGUCCCAGCGGCCACUCCCAGUCACCAGUCUAGCUGCCGCAUUCUGGAUUAAUUGCAGUUUCCGGGUCACCUUCAAAGGUAGCCCCACGUAGAGCACAUUGCAGUAGUCCAAGUGGGAGAUAACUAGAGCAUGGACCACUCUGGCGAGACCGUACACAGACAGGGAGGGUCUCAUCCUGCGUACCAGAUGGAGCUGGUAAACAGCCACCCUGGACACAGAAUUAACCUGCGCCUCCAUGGACAGCUGUGAGUCCAAAAUGACUCCCAGGCUGCGCACCUGGUCCUUCAGGGGCACAGUUGCCCCAUUCAGGACCAGGGAAUCCCCCACACCCGCCUGCCCCCUGUCCCCCAAAAACAGUACUUCUGUCUUGUCAGGAUUCAACCUCAAUCUCAAUCUUCCCUCAUUGAAGCCGCUAAGACCCACAGAACCCCACCUGGCCUCGUGGAAUCAUAGUCAGAAGGGACCCUAAGGGGCAUCUAUUCGUAUUUCCCAAAGGAUUAUCAACAAAUAAUAACCGCGUCUCCCGCAAAAGCCCUGAGUUUAUAUAUCUUCCAUUCUUUUUCUCCUCCGUCCCCAACCCAAAAAACCCCGGUCAGAAUGUAGCAGGCAGGGUUUUGAUGAAUCUAGUUUCACCUCUUUCCAUACUUUAGCGCAAUUGUUUGGGGAAAGAGCUGCGGUCUUUGUGUGUUAACCAAAUACCCAAAUAUGCCAACUUUUUCCCACCCCAAUGCCCGUUUUGUUUUGCAAAUUUUUUGGCCCGGAUUUUAGUUUUAUCUUCGUUUAUAUAGAAAACCAGCUAAGUCUCCAGAUUGUUUUAUCUUCCUUCUUACCUGAGAUAGUGAGAUCCAGCGCCAAGGGCCUUCUGGUGGUUCCCUCAUUGUGAGAAGUGAGGUUACAGGGAACCAGACAGAGGGCCUUCUCGGUGGUGGCACCCGCCCUCUGGAAUGCCCUCCCUUCAGAUGUGAAGGAAAUAAGCAGCUAUCUUAUCUUUAAAAGACAUCUGAAAGCAGGGAAGUUUUUAAUAUUUAAUGCUGUAUUGUUUUUAACACUCGAUUGGGAGCCACCCAGAGUGGCUGGGGAAAUUCAGUCAGAUGGGCGGGGUAUAAAUAAUAAAUUAUUAUUAUUAUUAUUAUAGGGACGCGGGUGGCGCUGUGGGUUAAACCACAGAGCCUAGGACUUGCCGAUCAGAAGGUUGGUGGUUCGAAUCCCCGCAACGGGGUGAGCUCCCGUUGCUCGGUCCCUGCUCCUGCCAACCUAGCAGUUCGAAAGCACGUCAAAGUGCAAGUAGAUAAAUAGGUACCGCUUCGGUGGGAAGGUAAACGGCGUUUCAGUGCGCUGCUCCGGUUCGCCAGAAGUGGCUUAGUCCUGCUGGCCACAUGACCCAGAAGCUCCCUCGGCCAAUAAAGCGAGAUGAGCGCCUCAAUCCCAGAGUCGGUCACGACUGGACCUAAUGGUCAGGGGUACCUUUACCUAUAGUUAUUAUUAUUAUUUUAUUUACCGUCUUUGUAUUUCCCAAAGGUUGAUCAAUAAAUAAUAACCGUGUCGCCCGCAAAAGCCCUAAGUUUAUAUAUCUGUGUUUAUAUCUUCCAUUCUUUUUCUCCUCCCGGUCAGAAUGUCGCGGGCAGGGUAGCCAACCUCCCACUGGUCAGUUCCGCCUACAACAUGGUCUCUGCGGCGUAUACAUCCACGAAGGAAAGCCAUCCCUAUGUGAAAUCCGUCUGCGACGUGGCUGAGAAAGGCGUCAAGACCAUUGCUUCGGCGGCUGCCAGCGGCGCUCAGCCCAUCUUGAGCAAACUCGAGCCCCAGAGUGAGUGGCCUGUCCAGUUUCCAGGGAUGGCGGGGGGUGGGGUUUGCCAGGGGCGGGGGGGUUUUUCCAUCCUGCUUGCUCUGGUAGUAAUGAUGCAUUUUGCAUUUCUGCUGUGUUUUGGAGGCAAACAGGAGACCUUGCCUUGAUAAUGAUAAUAAUAAUAUUAUAAUACCGUAAAAUGAAUGAAUGAAUGGAACUGGGACUUCAAUGAAUGAAUGAAUGGAACUGGUUUCCUGUAACCUCACUUCUCGCAGGGAGGGAACCCCCAGAAGGCCCUCGGAGCUGGACCUCAGGGUCCCCUCUGUGAGAUGCCCUCCCAUCAGAUAACAAGGUGAUGGGUAAAGCGACAACCUUUAGAAGACAUCUGAAGGCAGCCCUCUAUAGGGAAGCUUUGUAACAUUUAAUGUUUUAUUAUGCUUUUAUAUGUUGGAAGCUGCCCAGAGCAACCCAGUCAGAUGGGCGGGGUACAAAUAAAUAAUAAUUAUUAUUAUUAAUUAAGAAUGUGGAAAGGUGUGGGGAAAGGAAAGUAUACUAUAUCGCUGAAAGAAUUAACAAUUACAAUUCCAUAUAUUCUUCUCUAAUAUAUAGAUAUUAUUGCUAUUAUUCCUCAUUCAGUUUCAUCAGCCAACGAGUUUGCCUGCAAAGGGCUGGACAAGUUGGAGGAAAACCUGCCGAUUCUUCAACAGCCCACCGAUAAGGUAAAUAGAGACGUCCUUCCUGGAGGGCAGGAUUCACUGUUCCCUCUUCACACGUCCAGGGAAUUCUGCAAUGUGUAUUAACACUGCAACGUCCUGGCUGGGUUAAACAAGUUAGGGAAGCAUCCCAGGGAGAGAUUAAGGGGGCAGACUGCAGACUGCAGACUUGCUGUUUGUUUUAAGUGCAUGCUAGUAAAAAUGUGAACAUCAGGCCGCCAAUUUAUUGUUUAAAGGUAAAGGUAAAGGGACCCCUGACCAUUAGGUCCAGUCGUGGCCGGCUCUGGGGUUGCGGCGCUCAUCUCGCUUUACUGGCCGAGGGAGCCGGCGUACAGCUUCCGGGUCAUGUGGCCAGCAUGACUAAGCCGCUUCUGGCAAACCAGAGCAGUGCAAGGAAACGCUGUUUACCUUCCCACCGGAGUGGUACCUAUUGAUCUACUUGCACUUUGACGUGCUUUCGAACUGCUGGGUUGGCAGGAGCAGGGACCGAGCAAUGGGAGCUCACCCCGUCGCGGGGAUUCGAACCACCGACCUUCUGAUCAGCAAGCCCUAGGCUCUGUGGUUUAACCCACAGCGCCACCCGCGCCUAUCUGGCUGGGCUUCCCCAGCCACUCUGGGUGCGGCUCCCAGCAGAAUAUUAAAAGCGCAAUAAAACAUACGGAACUGCCAAACUCCUUAGAGGUCUCCUACAAGUCUCCAGAUGCGUUUCAAACGAAUGGGUUAGACUAGAAAGGGGGAUGAUGAGAGUGGAGGCUUAUAUCUGCCUAACAUCAAUCUAUAAAUGGUUGGCAUUGAGUCUGCUCCCCCUGAGGAAUAGCCCCACUGAUCCUCUGCGACCAGCUCCAGUCAGGCUGGCAGACAGCAGUCCUGAACACCCUUCAGAAACUUGGUUUUGCCCCUCAAGCCCUUCUAAGCCUGGUCUUGAACCUGGCAAAAGCUAUGGUCAGGCAAAGAAUCAUAGACACCGAGAGAGAACAGGACUGCUCAAGGUGCCCUGACUAUAAAAUUUGAGAAAUUGAGAGAGAUAUAGCCGCACUGGCAACAUAUCUCUUCUUUCUCGUAUCCAAAAAUGCAAGAAGGGCCUUCACACUCGCCAGAAGCUCGGCUUUGCCCUCGCCCGUCCUUUAAAGGAUCCUUUAAAAAAGUCCCAUAUGCUCAGAGACUUUGCUCCUGUUCAUUGGGGGAGAUAGGAAGCCCAGAGCACUUGUUCUUUAGAUGUCCCUUUUAGGAAGAGGCACGGAGUGAGACCAUUGAUCCCCUGCUGGUGAGGCUCGCUGACCUCCCGGAAAAGCAAAAAUGUGACCUUUUCCUGUUAGGCAAAGAUCAUAAGACGACCCGGAUGGUCGCCAGAUUCUGUGUAGGCGCAGACCAUCUCCUGACCCAAACUAGUUUAAGAAAAUCCCCAAACAUGGUUCCAUGGGUGACUCUGGGUCAUCUCUCUGCUUUAGCUUAUCUUAAAGUUUUAAGUGUCUAUACGCUUAUCGCAUUUAUAAAUUUUAAAUUUAUUGUUGUACACUGUUUUAUCCCUUCUGGGAUUGUACCCCCAAGUGCGUUUUAUAAGCUGGUCUCCGACCGUAAUAAAUUAUCUAUCUAUCUAUCUAUCUAUCUAUCUAUCAUACGAAACUGUCCUCUAGAUCAUUUCAGGCACCAAAGAUUUGGUGACCUCCACCAUGACAGGAGCCAAGGACGCCAUCAGCAGCACGGUCUCGGGUGCGAAGGAUGCCGUUGCCAGCACCGUGACCGGGAUGGUGGAUCGAACCAAGGAGGCGGUCCAGGGGGGCGUUGAGAUGACCAGGUCCGCGGUGGCCAGCGGAGUCAACACAGUGAUGGGCUCUUCGGUGGGGCAGAUGGUGACCAGCGGUGUGGAUGCUGUGCUGGGGAAAUCGGAACAGCUGGUGGACCACUACCUUCCCAUGACGGAUGAGGAGCUGGGUGAGGCCCUGCACGCUUUCACCUUUCCACAGAGUUGGAAAAGACCCUGGCGGUCAUCUAGACCAACCCGGGAAGAGUUGCUGGGUUGUCUCCCAAGGCUGACAAUCUCAGCAAGCAGGGGUUAUGGGGCAACUCGCCUGCGACCUGGGGUUUCUAAAAUGGGCUUUGUUUAGUGCUCCUGGGAGAGCCCCGAAAUUCUUAGCAAUAGCCCUGCGAGGGAGACCGCUUCCGUCUCCAUAGAGCAGUGAUAGUAAUAAUUUAUUACUAAUACCCUGCCCAUCUGGCUGGGUUUCUCCAGCCACUCUGGGCGGCUCCCAACAGAACAUUAAAAAUACAACAAAACAUCAAACAUUAAAAGCUUCCCUAAACAGGGCUGCCUUCAGAUGUCUUCUAAAAGUCUGGUAGUUGUUUAUCUCCUUGAAAUCUGGUGGGAGGGCAUUCCACAGGAGGGCGCCACCACCGAGAAGGCCCUCUGCCUGGCUCCCUGUAACUUGGCUUCUCGCAGCGAGGGAACCACCAGAAGGCCCUCAGAGCUGGACCUCAGUGUCUGGGCAGAAUGAUGGGGGUGGAGACGCUCCUUCAGGUAUACUGAAUUAAAGCUUUACUUCUGGUCAGUGAGCCACUAUAGCUGCCGGAGAGCUGUGAAAAUUCAAGUCCCAGGGUUUUUAGACUCAUCUACCCAUGUACUAGGGACGCCAGUGGCGCUGUGGGUUAAACCACAGAGCCUAGGGCUUGCCGAUCAGAAGGUCGGCGGUUUGAAUCCCCAUGACGGGGUGAGCUCCCUUCGCUCGAUCCCUGCUCCUGCCAUCCUAGCAGUUCGAAAGCACGUCGAAGCGCAAGUAGAUAAAUAGGUACAGCUCCGGCGGGAAGGUAAACGGCGUUUCCGUGCGCUGCUCUGGUUCACCAGAAGCGGCUUAGUCCUGCUGGCCACAUGACCCGGAAGCUGUACGCCGGCUCCCUCGGCCAAUAAAGCGAGAUGAGCGCCGCAACCCCAGAGUCGGCCAUGACUGGACCUAACGGUCAGGGGUGCCUUUACCUUUACCUUUUUACCCAUGUACAGUGGUACCUCGGGUUAAGAACUUAAUUCGUUCUGGAGAUCCGUUCUUAACCUGAAACUGUUCUUAACUUGAGGUACCACUUUAGCUGCUGCCACCGCCGCACGAUUUCUGUUCUCAUCCUGAAGCAAGGUUCUUAACCCGAGGUACUAUUUCUGGGUUAGCAGAGUCUGUCACCUGAAGCGUAUGUAACCCAAGGUACCACUGUACUAUUUGAAAUGCAAGUGGAGCAAAUGUGGAUCCCCCCCCCAGCUCUCCUACCCCCCUAGGGUUUCACCUCAGGUGCCAAACUGUCUCUGGCCGGCCCUGAAGGGUUUCCACGAAGACAUUGAAUUCUCUUGGGUUUUCUCCUAGCUAAGCUGGCCACCACCGUCGAGGGUUUUGAGAUCGCCACCGUGGAGCAGCAGAAAGAGCAGAGGAGCUACUUUGUGCGCCUGGGGUCUCUCUCGGCCAAGGUCCGCCACCGAGCCUACCAGCACUCUCUGGGCAAGCUGAGGGAUGCCAAGCAGAGUACCCAAGAUGCCCUCUCCCAGCUGCACCAAACCAUCGAGCUGGUAAGAAGCAUCCUGGGUAGAGCAAGGAGAUGCGGCAGCCCAGAUAUUGCUGGGCUCACAACUCCCACCGGGGUCCCAGCCUGCAUCAAUGGUUAGGGGAGGGGUGGCGGUAGUUUGUUUAUUUAUUUCCUAAAUUUAUACACCUCUUGGUUGUGAAAACUGCAACCUCCAAAGCCGUUUGCAGAAAGCUGAAACGCGAAGAAGAGAGAGAACACAACAAUGUUCAGCUCUUGCAAGAUUUUUCUUAAUAAUAAUAAUUUAUUAUUUAUACCCCGCCCAUCUGGCUGGGCUUCCCCAGCCGCUCUGGGCGGCUUCCCAAAAAAUAUUAAAAUACUGUAAUACAUUAAACAUUAAAAGAUUCCCUAAACAGGGCUGCCUUCAGAUGUCUUCUAGAAGUCUGGUAGUUGUUGUUCUUUUUGACAUCUGGUGGGAGGGCGUUCCACAGGGCGGGUGCCACCACCGAGAAGGCCCUCUGCCUGGUUCCCUGUAACUUGGCUUCUCACAGUGAGGGAACAGCCAGAAGGCCCUCGGUGCUGGACCUCAGUAUCCGGGUAGAACGAUGGGGGUGGAGAUGCUCCUUCAGAUAUACUGGACCGAGGCCGGUGUACUGGACCGAACCCAGUGUCUUAAAGCCUGCUAUAAGUUUGGAGGAUUGUGUUCAGUUGCUCGGAGUAAACCAAUUGGAAUCAAUCAGCUAGUUAGUGGCCGUUGACUUCAGUGCGUUGAAUAUGACAUGGAUUUUUUUUAUAUAAAAAAUUGAAAUAAUUUCUAUAUGAUUUUACAAGUGUAGAGUUGUAACAAUGCAAAUUGCAUAUCCAUAUUUGGAGAUUUCUCUGAAUCUCUAGGCUUCCCACCUUUCCCUUCCAUGGGUUUGUUAUAAACCUUUUCAACUGCGUAUUAUUUCAUCAUCCAAAUUUUAUGUCUCUCCAUUUUAUCUAUAGUGUCUUCUACAUUACAGGUGCUAUUGCAAUCCUGAUAAUGUUCUCAUCUGCUUACAGCGGUAUCUCAAGUGCCGUAUUUUUCGCUCUAUAAGACGCACCAGACCACAAGACGCACCUAGUUUUUGGAGGAGGAAAACAAGAAAAAAAAUAUUCUGAAUCUCAGAAGCCAGAACAGCAAGAGGGAUCGCUGCGCAGUGAAAGCAGCAAUCCUUCUUGCUGUUCUGGCUUCUGUGAUAGCUGCGCAGCCUGCAUUCGCUCCAUAAGAUGCACACACAUUUCCCCUUACUUUUUAGGAGGGAAAAAGUGAGUCUUAUAGAGCAAAAAAUACGGUAAAUUUAAAAAAACAAAAACCCAUUCUUCAUUGAAGUUUUAGUCUUCUUGGUUCCUUGCGCUUCCUGGUCAGUUUUGCCAUUUUGGCAUAAUCCAAUAGCUUAGUUCGCCAUUUUCCCCUGGUAGGGACUUUGUCUUCUUUCCAUCUCUGGGCUAAUAACAUCCGCAAGGCUGUCGUCGCGUACAUAAAAAGCCUUUUCUGCUCCUUUGAGAUCUCGAUACCUACAAAUCCUAAUGAAAAAGCUUCUGGGUUGUUGUUGUUUUUUAUAUAAAAGUUAUUUUAAACAUUUUUUCCAAUUCAUUGUACAGUCGUACCUCGGAUCCCAAACGCCUUGGCUCCCAAACAAAUCCGCUCCCAAACAAUCAAAACCCAGAAGUGAGUGUUCCGGUUUUCAAACGAUUUUUGGAAGCCGAACGUCCAACGCGGCUUCUGAUUGGCUGCCGGAGCUUCCUGCAGCCAAUCAGAAGCUGUGCUUUGGUUUCCGAAUGUUUAGGAAGUCGAACGGACUUCCGGAACGGAUUCCGUUCGACUUUGGAGGUACGACUGUAUAUCAUUUCCCAGAAUGCUUUGACAUCUUUCCGCGGGGCCUGCAAGACAGAGCUGUUCCGCCUGGCCUUUGGUUUGGACUCAGUCUGACCCUUAUGCUUCCCUCCCCUUAUGGUUUUGAUCUAUGGGCUACUUUUAAAAUGAGGCUGUAUUUUAAAUUGCAUUUUAACCUGUAUUUUAAAUUGGUUUUCCCCCCUAUUAUGUUUUUAUUGUAAUUUUACCAGUGUUAGCUGCCCUGAGCCCAGCUCUGACCGGGGAGGGUGGAGUAUAAAUAAAAUUUAUUAUUAUAAUUACCUUACACACCCACAACAUAUGGUAAAAGGUGCCUGGAAACUAUUCUGCGAAAAGAGUCUCAAGGCUGCAAAAGGGGCUGCUGUUGAUUGUCUUCUUCUGAGCCAGUGUGGUGUAGUGGUUAAUAGCAGUGGAACCGGGUUCGCUUCCCCGCUCCUCCACCUGCAGCUGCUGGGUGACCUUGGGCCAGUCACACUUCUCUGAAGUCUCUCAGCCCCACUCACCUCACAGAGUGUUAGUUGUGGGGAAGGAAGGGAAAGGAGAAUGUUAGCCGCUUUGAGACUCCUUAAAGGUAAAGGGACCCCUGACCAUUAGGUCCAGUCGUGGCCAACUCUGGGUUUGCGGCGCUCAUCUCGCUUUAUUGGCCGAGGGAGCCGGCGUACAGCUUCCGGAUCAUGUGGCCAGCAUGACUAAGCUGCUUCUGGAGAACCAGAGCAGCGCACGGAAAUGCCAUUUACCUUCCCACCAGAGUGGUACCUAUUUAUCUAUUUGCACUUUGACGUGCUUUCGAACUGCUAGGUUGGCAGGAGCAGGGACUGAGCAACAGGAGCUCACCCCGUCGCGGGGAUUCGAACCACCGACCUUCUGAUCGGCAAGCCCUAGGCUUUGUGGUUUAACCCACAGCGCCACCCGCGUCCCUUUGAGACGCCUUAGGGUAGUGAUAAAGCGGGAUAUCAAAUCUAAACUACUACUACUCUUCUUCUUCUUCUUCUUCUUCUUCUGUCCUCCCAGAUGGAGCAUGUCAAACAAGGCAUGGAUCAGAAGAUCCAAAGUGGUCAGGAGAAGGUUCACCAGAUGUGGAAGCAAUGGAGUCAGAAGCAGUCCCCCGAGCUGAGCCAGAAGAACAUCCCUGAGCCUGAGGUAAGUCGCUUUCGGAAGGUCCCGCCGUGUGUCCCAGCCUUUUGCAAAACCUUGACGUGCUCUUGCUCUCUUCCAGCAGAUGGAGACCCAAGCCUUGGAGGUCUCCCGCGGCCUGGCCCAGCAGAUUCAGUCGGCCACCAUGACGUUGGUCUCCAACCUCCAAGGCCUCCCGGCCAGCCUCCAGGAAAAAGUGGGCCUCCUCCGCCAGAACGCUGAGGAGCUCCGCGUGGCCUUUGUGUCCGCCAAUUCCUUCCGCGACCUCUCCAACACCAUCUUGGCCCAGAGCAGGGAGAAGGCCUCCAAACUCCGCGAGCUGACGGACGAGUUGAUGGACCACGUGGCGCACAACGCCCCCCUGUCUUGGCUGGUGGGACCCUUUACUGCGUCCGGCAAGGCGGAGGAAGAGGAAAUAGAGAUUCAGCAGUAGCGUAUAAGAGUGCCAGACCCUUUUUAAAAUAAUCCUUUUAUUUUUCGCUCUGUUAGAUGCACUGGACGAUUGGACGGACCUACUUUUUAGGGGAGGCUCCCCGCUCUCCUGGGGAGACUUCAUUCCAUGGCUAAGCCAGAAGCUAGAACAGCCAGCGGGAUCCCGCUCACUGUCCUAGCUUCCUCUUUAGCCACACGUAGCCUUCAUCCCUUCCUGGGAGAGGCUGCGCGUGGCUAAGGCUCCCCCCAGAGCCGCGCUCCCUUUAAAGAGCGUGCGGAGUGUGUGUGCGGCUCUUGGGGGCUUUUCCCUGAGGAGGGAGAAGGGCUUGGAGAAAAGCCCCCAAGAGCCGCACACACGCUCCACGCGCCUCUUUAAAGGGAGCGCUGAGCAGAACCUCCCGCCUGCGUUCACUGCAUAAGAACCACACACAUUUCCCCUUCCUUUUUAGGAGGGGGAAAGUGCGUCUUACAGAGCGAAAAAUACGGUAUAUAUAUUUGUUCCCAGCAUCUAGGCAGGCCUUGAACCAAAGAGAAGACCCAACUCUAGGACACGUCCAUUUCGUUCUAGAGCAGUAAAUUUGAGAGGGAGUGUUUUGAGGGGUUGCUGUUUUUGCCUCUCUCUUCAGCUUAGCUGAAAAGUCAUCUUGGACUCAACUCCUUGCGCUUUUCUGUGCCCAAAGAAGGAGUACUUCUUGCUAAGGGGUGGGCCAUGGGGUGGACCACAACCUAGUUAAGAGCAAAUCCCAUUUUCUUCUCCUUUCCUCCCAAAAUACUUUCCUCUAAGUAAAGCUUAAUUGACUGAUCCUAAAUCUCAAGACAACGGAAUAUUUGGGUGGAGGUGAAAUGAGAUUGCAGUUCAGCUUCCUCUCAGCCAUCCAUGUGUCCCUUAAAGCCUGUUCUUGUAUGGAAUUUGUCCCAUGACUUCCUCCUAGCUCCACGUGCCACAUUAUGUACACUCAGUGCCUUGAUUCGUAAAUAAAACGCUUGUCGCAUUGAAAACACGAGCCAUCUUGAAUGAGCAGGGAGGUGGGCAGCAAUCUUGCUGGGUCAACAAUCUAUGGGGGCCACCUGUGAGGUCCCUUGGCGGUUAGGGUUAGGGACUCCUGGGGGAGGUGGAAUAGUGAGGACUAGAAUCUUGAUGGUGGAUGACAUGAGGUGGGAAAGAUCCUGCAUGCGGUUCAGCAUGAAGUUGUGAAGGAAUGGGUUUCCCAAACCCCAAAACUGACUGUGCAGGCAGUUUGAAACUGCACCAAAAUCCCUAUUUUCCCUUAGCUAAAAUGCUUUAACUUGAGUUCUUGAGCUGGAACCCAGCUGUAUAGAGCUGUGCUCGGAGCCCUGUCCUUUAUCAGUUUGUGACGGCAAGUAUGGCCUUCACUGUACUAGUAGAACAGAGAAGACACGUCUGUGCCUUAUCUUACGUCCUGACCACAAAAAUGCACAGACCUAGUCUGGGAACAGCGCCAGAGUGUGUUCUCGGAGAUGAUGACCUCUUUCUCCACGAUAAGAGUAGGAACAUGAAGAUCCUUUUAUGGUCAGAAGUACAGGAAGGGAGAUCCUUUUAUGGUUAAGAAUACCAGAGCAGGAACAUAUGUGACAUAUGUGAUGUCAACCUGCGUACAUAGGCUGACGUGGUUGGAUUCCUGGGGAAUGUGGGAGAGGGUGCCUGGAGGAUAUA